UAGGACUACUGGUUAACCUUUCUCUUCAAGAAGCUUGUGGGCAACGCCGUGUUCAAGCCUCGAGUCGUGGGCCCGCCCACCGUAAGAGCGUACUGCCACUGCAUGAGGUCCAUAAAUCCAUAUUACUAUCCACGUGGGAGUCUGACUGUGUUUGCAAUGAACCUGGACAUUGUUGCAGUGAACUUGACUUUCCCAGAAUACAAAGGCGGAUAUAUGGACUACUUCCUGUUGUCACCGGAAGGAGGUUGUGUUCAGUCGAGAACUGUGAUCCUCAACGGCCACCAGCCUAUCCAUCUGGUUGAAAACGAGAUACCCUUUCUGGUUCCUGGUGGUGUCAGCGCAAACACCAUCACCCUCCCCUCGCUCACAUACGGAUUCUUUGUACUUUACGCUGACGCCCGUGUUUGUAAACCUGGCAACUAGACAAUCAAUGUGAAGGGUUGCUUAACGUCACAAUACAUUGUCUUGUUUCCAUCCGAUAUUUAUAUGUCAUUGACGAAUGACUUCCGGCAGAUUGUUCAUUGUGUUGAAAUGUUCCGACCAAGGAUGUUGCUUAUUCCUUUGCAAAUUGUUAAGAGGUGGUCUACGGAGAUCAAGGGAGAAGGAGAGAGCCUCAAGGAUGGUCGAAAAGCAGGAUGACUUUCCACUACCAUCACUAUGGAAAGUGUUCAUAAAAUAUAUAUGAUAUUAUUGUGGAUGAUCGACUUCUCACAACACGUCAUAUACCAAAUAUAGUAGAGACAUAUGCAGUAAACUACGUUUAUAGCGAACACGCUUAUAACGAACUGACCGAUAUUACGAACUUAUUUUGUGGUC